GUCUUGAUGUCUGCAGCAUAAUAUUUAGAACAUAUAUUAGUCUUAAAAUUUGGACGCAAACAAAACCAAAUAAUCAUCACUAACCAUGCUGAUGAGCUCCACCGCAUCAUCUUUCUUUUCUUCCAAACCUCUUCCCCUACACAGGAUUCCCAUUCUAUCUCGUCCCCAGCUAAUCUCCACUCAACAUGCUAACAUUUUCACCUCUAGCAGCAAGGCAUGGGCUACAAAGACCACGAUCAAAGCCUCCUCAUCAGAAAACCAAACGGUCACCGUUGCACCAUCCGUGGAAUCUGCAUCAGAUGUCGUGAGGAGCUUCUAUGAAGGAAUCAACGGCCACGAUUUGGAUUCCGUGGAGGAGCUUAUUGCCGAGAAUUGUGUGUACGAGGACCUUAUCUUUCCUCGUCCAUUCGUUGGUCGUAAGGCAAUACUGGAGUUCUUCAACAAGUUCAUUGAUACUGUAAGCAAAGACCUCCAGUUUGUUAUUGAUGAUAUCUCUAACGAGGAUUCCUUUGCGGUCGGAGUUACAUGGCAUUUGGAAUGGAAGGGCAAGUCUUUCCCAUUUAGCAAAGGAUGCAGCUUUUAUCGGCUAGAUGCUGUGAAUGGCAAGAGGCAAAUAAUGUAAGUGAUCUUGUAGAAAUGGAACUUGUUUUAUACAGAUACAUCCCCCAUAUGUCAGCAACGUUUUUAUGCACAGAAGGCUGUCUCCAGAAUCUAUCCCAGGUCUCAAACCAGCUCAGCAAUUGAGCUUAGAGUCUGUGUGACUUUCUCUUGUCACUGAAACUGGCUCAAUUCAUUGACUUUCUUUGAGCAGUAUCAACAUGCUCUACAGUUUUCAGCGAUAGAUGGAAUUCUGAUGCAUUCCUGCUUUUAAAUUUAAGGAGUUGUUUGAUCCUGCAACGUGUUCCUCUGGACCAUUGUUGAUAUAAAACACUAGCACACUUUCUACUUUUCGAGGCUAUUUAACAACAGCAAUCUUCAAUCUUAAGAAGUAUUUGGAUCAUAAGCCACAGAACUUUUACAUUUUGAAAGCAAUAUUUAUUUGGGAAGGCAUGUUUUCGUUGAGGAAACUUACCAUUUUCUG